UUUAACCAACGGUUAAUCAGCCUUUAUUCAUAAUUAAUAUUACAAUAUUAUGUGUUAUAUUUAAUUUUUGCAACAUCUAGUAUCAAAUCUUAUUUAUUUUAAUAAAUAUGUGAAAUACAACGAAUGGACCAAAAGUGUUCAAUCGAUAAAUAAAUUAAUAAAUAUUAAUUUCCUGUAGAAAUAUGGUCAGUUGCAAAUAAUUACUUAUACAGGCGAACGUUGAUAAUAUUUUACCUACCGAUUUAAACUACGAAUUUACAACACAUUGUAACACCUUAAAAAUAAUUAAAAAAUUUCAAAACUAAGUUACCUAUUUCCUAUUUACCCACGUAUUUUUUAAUUAAAUUACUAAUUAAAAGGAAGUGUAAAGAACCAGCAAAAUCUAAUAUGAAUACUUCACACCGAGUAUAUUAUACCUGACUGUUGCCAAUACAUACACAAUUUUACUAACUAAAUUUAAUAUUUAAACCAUAAUUAAUAUUACAGUAGAUUGUGUUGUAUUUAAUUAGUGCACCAUAUCUAAUAGAAGAUGAGUUGCUCGAAGAUAUUACAAACUUUAACAAUUCUUAUAUUGUUAAAUAUAACCGCUUCUUUGCCAGGAGAAUCCGAAGCAGAUGCAGGAAGUUUACCGCCCUACAAACAAUUCCUCCAAACCCUCCCGAGUACUUGCUUCCUAAUCAAAAACGAGACUUACAAAAACACCGGCGGCAUAGCGGAAAAUUUGAACGGAAAACUCGAUGCUCGACUUUUCAUUUCCACCGCCACCGGGCUCAGAGUGGACACCAAAACCUUCGCGAAUUUGCUAACAGAUUGCUUGAGAACUCAAGCGAAUAUACAUCUCCCUACUGAAGAAUUGCGCAACAAUGUGCAAAUGCUAGCCAAUUUUGUAUUCGAUAAAAAAGAAAUCUCCUACGAAGAGGUGACAAAAAUAUUGCAUUCGAAACAUAAUGCUCAAAAUAUCAUCCAGCAGCUGUUGCUAGACUUAAUUAUUGCACCACUGAAGACCGGUGUAAAUAAUCUUUUGGAGAACGCUGGUAAUAUUGUGAAAUUCCUCGCUGAUAUGCCAUCUGAAAAUCACAAUGAAACAAACACCACGGAAAUGUCUCUAGCGAAGGCGAAAACCAGAGGUUUUUUUUCUGGGUUGAUUGAGAGUACUCUGGUAAGUCCUAUCAGAUCAACGGUAAAUAGCUUUGUUAGCGCUCUAAACGGUACCAUCAAUUAUUUUUACACCACCACCCCUACAGACAGCAUUAUAAAAAAACCGAUAAUCGCUAUCAUCAACGAGAUAGUAAGGAUUUGCAGGUAUUUUUUAAAUAAAAUACACGCAACAGCGAACAGUAUAUUUAAUCUAUUCGGAAAUGGCAGUAAUUGAUGUAGAAUUUUGAUAAUAAAUCGCACUGUUUCGAUCGAAGGAAAUUUGUGUAGGAGGCGCUUUAAUUUUCCACUCCCGUCCAAAUCCUGUGCAGCCUGAAAUUGCAGCACAUCCUCACGCUCAAAAAGUAGAUAAUCUCCACUGCUGAUAACAAAGAAAAACCGGUGAAAAGUCCCAACAACCCGCCGAAAUUAGCCAGGAAGUCUGUUGGUCCAUACAAUUCGCUCCUCUCUGAAGUCAGGAACGAAUCCUGCUCGAAGUAUAUUAUCAGUUUAGCGAAAUGCGCGCUGAAAUAUGAAUAUUUAAGCAAAAACAAAUUGGUAAAAACUCGAAUUGAGUUACUGUUUAUCGAUUAUAACAUCGUCGUGAAUAUUCCAAGCCUCGAAUUGGCGAGUAAAAUCCCAGUAAGUAGGCGAAAUUGCAGUUUCGUACGUUACAUCGGUACACAGCGGCUUGCAAUCGCAGAAGAAAUUCUCUUUUCCGCCCACAAUUUGCUCCAUUAAUUGCUUCACUUUCAAUUG